CACAGUCGGAUCCAACUAGCUUUGUCCAUCCAGCUAACCUGCGCCCGGGCAAAUAUCUUCAAUUUUGGAGGAAUGUUGGCAUCCCACAGUCGGAUCCAACUAGCUUUGUCCAUCUUUGCACAAACCGGUUUGACAACCUUGAUUUUGUCCAAAUUUUUUGGCUACAGAAUAUACUAUUCUCCCCUUUGCCACCCGCGGCGAUUGUGACUUGUGGGUGGAGUUUUAAUUUUAACUUCCCUUUUGUUUUCUUAUUUCAUUUCGGUUUUCCCCUAAAAUCGGUUUCAUUGUUCGUGAAUCUAUCAAACUCUUCGUCCUCGUAGAUUCGAUUUCACCAUCAACACCGGCCAACUCCCUCAGAUCGACGUUGCUUUCCAACCUGGAGAUCCCCCAGAUGCCAUAAUCAGGUAAAGCUUCCACCUGUUUAUCUCUCUUUCUUUCUCUCGAUUGCCGCCGAAAUCAUUUGCUAAAUUAUCUCCGAGCGCCGGUGCUUGAUAUUUCCAUCCGUUUUCCGAGUUUCUCAUUCGAUGGGUUGUUUUGAUAGAUCCUUUUGUUGCAGAUGCUUUCCCUUUAUCGAUCGACAUUGUCUGGCUCUCUUUGUUAAAAUUCUGUUUAUUAGGGUCCAGAAUUCUUUGCUUCUGUUUCUGUUCAUGUUGUUGGGAUACCUGGCAAUCGAUACCUCUAAAGUUUCGUCUGGGUUCUUGAAUGAUGAAGUUUUUUAGCCGUUUUCUCGAAUGUUUAGCUCUGGCUUCUUGUGAUUCUAGUUCCAUUUGGUGAAAAUGAUGCCUUGCAUGAAAGCUUUGUCUAGAACUUUGCUGCUAUAUUGCUAUACGGCUUUCUAUCUCAAUCGAGUACAAGCCUGUGUGGUAGAGAAAGUUUAACGCUGUCUUUGUUUCGGUAUGCUUGAUGCAUUGUAGUUUAUCAUACAUAUCUGAGGAAGUAAUAGGUAGAAGAUGGUGAAGCUUACUAUGAUAGCGCGUGUUACGGAUGGGCUUCCACUUGCUGAAGGCCUGGACGAUGGCCGUGAAGUCAAAGAUGUUGAAUUGUACAAACAGCAAGUCAAGGCCUUGUUCAAGAAUCUUGCCAACCGCCCGAAUGAGCCUUCGAGGAUGUCGGUUGAGACUGGCCCUUAUGUAUUCCAUUAUAUUAUCGAGGGACGAGUAUGUUACCUUACUAUGUGUGACCGUGCAUAUCCGAAGAAACUCGCCUAUCAAUAUCUUGAAGACUUGAAAAAUGAAUUCGAGCGUGUCAAUGGGCCUCAAAUCGAAACUGCUGCAAGACCUUAUGCGUUUAUCAAGUUUGAUACUUUUAUCCAGAGAACAAAGAAACUGUACCAAGACACACAUACACAGAGGAAUAUUGCCAAGUUGAAUGAUGAACUGUAUGAAGUCCACCAGAUUAUGACUCGUAAUGUGCAGGAAGUUCUUGGGGUUGGUGAAAAGCUUGACCAGGUGAGUGAAAUGUCCAGCCGACUAACAUCAGAAUCUCGAAUAUAUGCUGACAAGGCUAGAGAUUUGAACCGACAGGCGUUGAUUCGGAAAUGGGCUCCAGUUGCAAUCGUGUUUGGAGUCGUUUUCCUCCUCUUUUGGGUCAAAACCAAGAUCUGGUGAUCCUGCAUUCCAGAUAUUGUUUGCACAGACAUGCUGGGUUUCUGUAAUUUGUUUGCUAUGUUCAUGUGGCGAUUUUUCCAACUUGAGAGACAGAUAGAGAGAAUGGAAAUGGAGACAUGUAACCACCCAAGGAAGGAAUUUCUGGUUUAAGUCGUUGCCUCACCAAUUACCCCAUAGGAAGAGUGUAAAAGAGAGACCCUUGUUGAACAGGCUU